UUGAAAAUAAUUUUAAGGAAGUUCCAUAAGGUAAAAAUGAAUUUUAAAAAUUAUUUUUCGAGAAACAUAUUUUAAUUUGGGAACGCCGUUCUGAGGAAUGCCCAUGCCCAUUGACAUUGUCAUAUGAUGUAGAGUGAAUAAUGAUAAAUUCAAUAAAAUUAUUUAUCGGGUAUCAUCUGAAAGUGAGACAACCAAACAAGUUUCAACUGCACAAAUGGACAUUGCAAAAUUUAAAUUAUGGGAAGGUAUUAUUUUAUCUAUGGUUCAUGCAAUAAUAUUUUCUUAAUGUAUGUUCUGUAGUCGUGUAGUAGAUAUAAAUAUAUAUUAUAUAAUAAUAUUAAUAUGAUUUACAAUUUUAUAACUUACUUUUAGAUUUUACAAUGUUUCUUUCAAAUAAAUAUUUGUGUAUUUGAGUCACUCAAAAAACUAUUUAAUAUUUAUGAGCAAUUAAUUUUAUGCAUGUCGAUAGGCUGUAGAAAUAUAUUGUUUGAGUGUUCUGGAGACAUUUUAAGAAUGUCAAUGUCUGGACAUUUAAUUUUGGUUUUAGAGCUCUGGCUGAAGGACACAGAGUCAGAGAAACCAAAGUUCUCCAUUCCACCAAUAGGAGCUAAAGUAAACUUUCAACUUACAAAAGAUGGAUCUCAGCCUCCAGUUAUCGUAAGAAAACAACUAUUAGACUUCUCACUAUUUAGAUAUACUAUUACUAUUAUAUAUUAAUGACUUAAUGUCCAAGUUUACCACAAGAACGAAAUUAUGUGAACAUAAUUGACACCUUACACUUACAACCUCACUGCUCAGUCAAGUUUAUAAUUGUCAUAAUUACAAUAAUUUUCCUAUUGCUCAUUACACACCCAUCACAUUAAUUUGUUUAAAUUUGUGUUUUAUUUGUUUCCUCUUUUUUUAGCUUCUCUAAUAUAUAAUGAGUAUUUAAAUUCAGGUGUUUUGUAUAUUAUUUUAUGUUAGCUAGUGAUAUUUUGGGAAAUUUAGUCUUACCUCAAUAAAGGUUAACCUCACUUUAAAGACAUACUUUUAAUAUUUUAAUUUAUGGUCCGAAUUUUCACGGAAACUUCAUUAAGUUAUUAAAAUUUUUUUUUGAUAAGUAUAUUGUCCAAAAAUAGUUGUUUGUUUUCUAUAGGUGCCUGCUACUAUAAACCAGUAUUUAAGAGACUACCAAAGGGAAGGUAUAGAAUUUCUGUAUGAUCAUUACAGCAACAACACAGGAGCUAUCCUUGGGGAUGACAUGGGACUUGGCAAGACAGUGCAGGUAAAUUUUUAUAUUAAUGAGACUGGAUGAUACUGCAAGUUUAUUUUGAAAUUAACGAAACUCUGAUAAAGUUUUCAGGUUAAUAUUAAUGAUAUGGAUAUUAAUGCAUCUGAACAAGAUUGUCCAGGUAGAGUUAACAAUAUUGUUAUUAAGGUUAACUGAAAGAAAACAUCUUGAUUACUUGUAAUACUGAGUUUCCCAAGAACUGUAAUUUAAAAUAUAUUUUCAGGUCAUAGGCCUUUUGUCUGCGCUACUUGGUAAACAAGGAAAUAAAUUAGAUACUCUACAUGCAGUACCAAAAUUUAUCAGACAGGUAUUCAAUUGAUCUAUUAAUAUUAAUUAUACUUCAUGACUCAGGAGAGAUAGUUGAUAAAAUUAUUCAUAUAAAAAUAUUAAAAUAAUUCUCAUGCAAAUCAAGUAAACAUCAACGAUAAAUACAUUUUUCAGAAUAUAUUAUAUUAAAAUGUCACAGUAACAUCAGUUAAAUGGUUAAAAUUAAAAAAGAAUUAAGCUAGUAAAUAAUGUUGCAAUACAAAGUAACACCUCUUGUAGAAUAGAAACUGAAAAAGUUCCGCUCUUGAAAUUGCACUUGACAUACUCCACUGUGAUUCAUUUUAAAAUAAAACAGUGCCUAAGGUGAUAAAUGUUGAACUCAAGAAAGUUGUUAUUUAAAUAUUUUGCUUAGAAAAAUAAUCCAUAUUUUAAUUUGAUCAAUUUUAAUACGAAAGCAUUUAAUAGAUAAUGAAAAGUAGAUUUUGAUGAUUGGUAUUGUUUUUGGCCUUCUGAAGGUGUCAUUUUCAAUUUAUUUAAUUAUUUUACUCUAGUUUUGUUAUAGAAAUCAAAAUUAACCCUAACCUGUUAUCACAUAGUUGUCCAGAGAAUUUCCAGCAAGUCCCUCUAGAAGAGCAUGUAAACCUUUCCUCAUUAUUGGGCCAACAGCUGUCAUGUUUAAAUGGCUGGAUGAAAUUGAUACUUGGGGAUAUUUCACAGCAAGGUACAGUUAACAUGGGCAUUUUUCACAACAAGGUGCUUGUACAAUGGGGAUAUUUCACAGUAAUGUACAGUUAUAAUGGGCAUAUUUGACAGCAAGGAUCUCUUGCCAUUGGGAACUAUCACAGCCAGAUGCUGUUACACUGGGAGAUGUUUCACAGCAAGGUGCUAUUACAAUGGGAUUUGUCAAAGCAAGGCAUAGUUACACUGGAAAUUACUGCAAUAAAUUUUACACUACUUUAUUGUUAAAAAUGAACUGUCUAAUUUUCAUCCUCACACCCAUCAAAUGUAUUCAUGAGAAAAGAAAACUGCUUAAAAAAUGUACAAAUAUUCUAAUAUUAUUUACAGGUAGUUAGAAGUUUUGAUACAUGAGAUAUUACCCUGUAAUAUAGUAUAAUAUUAACUUGAACAUCACAUUUCUGUAAACAUACUCAAAAAGAAGAUAACAGUUACUGUUACUUCGGAAAUAAAUUUUAAAACAUUUUUGCACAAAAUAAGUUAAUUUCAAACAGUGACCCGAAAUGUCAUAAUGUCAAUUAUUUGUGGAAGUUUCUAUCUGUGGUAAAGGCUGACUUUUUGGGUUUUUGUAAGUCAUGGCAGUGUUUCUCUAAUACUUGAACCAAGUACUGUUUCCCUUCCUCUGGAUUUGUCAGGACUCCAUUGAACUCCUGAAUCAAGGCCACCCUUCGCUCGGCUGCAUCUUUUGGGACUUUCACACUCCUCACCAUCAUUAGCCAACAAUGUAGUCAUGGUCUCUGCACCAUGCAUCUGGAUUGUUGAGGAAAGUUUAUUGUAUAGCCAAUGCUGUGAAAAGUUGCCUGAUGUGUUGCAUUUUCAAAGUCAGCUGCUUCUUACGUCAGUUAGUGUGGGGUAGAAGGCAAUGGGUCAAGGAUGAUCUGAUGUUUUUGUGUCAAGCGCUGUAACCAUGGCUGCCUUCAGUUCAGCUAAUGCUACAGAGUCAAAGAAUGCGAAACCAACCAGGAUUUCACUUAAGAACCUUAAAUGUCCACAGAAUGACUUAUUACAGCUUCAGCAACAACUUCAUGUGUUCUUAUAGCUCUCCAACUCAUGGAGUAGAUCCAGAUCAUUCUGUGGAGGAGAUGAGGCGCAUGCGCUUAUAAAUCAACCCUUUAGAUAGAUCUUUAUUAUGAAAGAGCUCCAUUAUGAAAGUGUUGAAGUGGCCUAGAGAUGACUAUUCAUUUGCAGUCCGAAUAGGAAAUGAAACGGGAGCAUCUUUGCGAUCUAUCGAGGUUGGUGGUAAGCUCUGGGAGUCUGAAUAUUUACUUUGGCACUUUAAUCUGCUCCGAGAAAUAGAAGCGGUAGUUGCAGAAGCUCAUGAUAUACAUCUCUGCGCUGCAACUCUGAUAGUUGUUGCAGAAUGAACUGAAUGAUGUCAUACUGAACUGAGAGUCAAUAUAAUGAUAUCUACAGAUAGUCCACUUUUGUAUCUAGACCGAUCAUUUGACCCCGAAUAUUCACCAAAGCUCUGAAACAACUUGAUGUUUGCUCCACAAGAUGGUCCCAUCAGUGUAUCAAACAUCUUGGCCACUAUUAGUUCCAUGAUCUGAUACCUGCAUGGUAAACUGAUCAGAUGCCUGAUGUGAUUCUCUUCCAAAAGAAUGCAUGCACCGGCAUGAACUCCAAUGUUGCUUGCUGUAGUGUCAAAGCAAAUAAAUAUAAUGCUAACAGUGAGGUCCCAUUCCUGAUUAUAAGUGUUAAAACAUUGAACACUGCAGUUACCUCUACCUGUCCUGUUCUAUUUGGCAUCCCUACAACAACUUAAUUGGAUAAGUGGUAAGUGAAUUAGUGAGUGGCUUUGGCAAUGAAUUUUCGCUGCACUAAUUGGCUUUUGAUUUGUGAGUUUUAAUUUAGCUCUUCUGAGAUUAAUCCUUUUUUUUCUGGCAUCCAUCUGUCACAAUGUGACGAUGGUGUGACAAAAUCACAAGGCCUGGGAUUUUUCUUUAGGACUAUAACCUGGUUCCAUAGACGGCAAAUCGCUUCGCUCGAUGCACCUGAAUAGCCCAAGGGAACAACAUUAUACAGCUUGGCACCAGUGCGUAGUAGGAGUUGUCGGAAGUUUCAUUGUCUAAAUGUAUCCACCUAUGGGACUCCUCCACAUUUUGAUGCAGAGUUUCCUUAUCGUAGAUGGGAUGCCAUCCAAGGAUGGAUGGGUCCCAUCUACCUGGUGUGCUAGUGUUUUGCUUGAGUAUUUGGUUGGGAUUAAACUACUUGGGAUAGGGGAUUGACUUUUUGAAAUCUCUAAUUUGAUAUUGUUUUAAGACAUUUGUAUAACAUAAAUUUUAAUUUUAUUUCGUAAUAUUAACAACACAAUAAAAAUAACAGAUGUUUGGGUAUAUCUGAUAAAUGUGAUUACGAAUUAAUGAUAGUAAUACUUAGAUGAUAAUAUAAGUACCGGUACUUAGAUAAUAAUUUAUUGAUAAUAAAAACAAUAUAUUAACUGUCAAAUUCAUAUAGAAUACUUUAAAUAAUUCUUUAAUUGUUAUUUUAAAUAUAUUUCAAAUUUAUAACUUAAACAUUAGCAGAUACAUUUUAUUUUUAUCAUUUUUAAAUUUAUUUGAUUUCCGUAAACAAAUAGAAAAUCUCUAUCAUUAUUUUUAAGAAUACGAACAUAUUUUAAUCGAUUUUAGUAUUAUUUGGUCAGCUCAGCUUAUUCUUAUAUCUAUGUAUAUGUACAUAUAAUAACUGAAAUUUCAAUUCAGUAACCAGUAAUAACACUCAAUUUCAAUUAAGUAACCAGUACCUACCUGUAACAAUUUAUUGUAAGAGAUGUACACAUGAAAACAUUUCCUCUCAUUGAGCUACCAGUAAAUAUUUAUCUCCAUGAAACUUUGCAUAGUUAUUAUGCAUUAAAAAAUGAACAGAAUGAAAGGUGGGGGGUGGCUGGAAAAUGUUGGACUUUUUUGUUGUUGCUAUUACACUGAGCUGAGUGGCACCCUACUGUGGACUUGUAACUAGCAAGUCACACAAAACAGAAUGUACCAGUAGCUGAGAGGUGUUCAGUCUUCUCUUCUUCAGUGGAUAUCAUUUUCUGGGGUCAGAAUUGGGCCCAAUACAUGUCCCACUUUUCAGGGGCUUAAUUGUUAAAAAAAAGUGUCUUUUUGGAUGAUUUUUCGUGUCAAUUAAAAUAGUUAAUAUCUUAAUUUGUAGAAGACAGCUGAAUAAUUAUUCUUUUUGACAUAUCAUUUUAUACAUUUGAGCAAAAUUUUAAUUAUUCAUGAGGUUUGUAUUCCAGAGGGAUAAUUUAAAUUUCCUAUCAUUUGUAAUAUAUGCCAUUAUGUCAAAAAACAUUCAUUUUAUUAUUCACAUGAAACAUCAUAUAAGAAAAGGUUAAUAGAGCAUAAUGUGCUGAUAACAGUUUGAUAUUUUUCUUUUAGCAAAUUUCAUGGAGCUGACAAAGAUGGCUGCCUUGCUGAUCUGAAGAAGGGAAAACUUGAAAUAAUUGUCACAACAUUUGAAACUUUUAGGGACCAUGUUGUGAGUAAUAAAAUUUAUCUAUGUCUGUAGAGAUCUUUUAAAUAUUAUACUAAAGAUUUGUAACUUUUAUGUGGUGUGUCACUGGUUGUGAGGGACUAGAACAAGUUUUAAUCUUUAUACAGCAUUAGGGAUCCAAGUUGUUAAAACAUGUAAUUUCUAUUUCUAGUGAUUUAUAUUAAUAGUUGUUAAGCUCUGCUGUCUAUUGUGAGAAAUUAAUCUCUUAUUUUUAGUUUAUGGCUCGUUAUAAACGGUGCAUAACAAAGGACGAUACCAAAUGAGAAAUACAAUAGUAAAAAUACGACACUCAAAACAGUGCUAAUUACAAUUAAUAAGAUUUAUUUAGUUAUCUAUAUAGUUACAAAAUAAAAUAAAUUAUUAAGAAUCAUCAACUUACAGAGUACGGUAGGUCUUGUACCAGUACACAGUUUAUACAAUGUGCCAAAAAAAAAUAAGGUACAAUGAUGAAAUGCGAAUUCACAUAAGGAAACACAAAAUAACACACUCUUGUCUCGUGAAGUCAAAAUCUUAUCUCGAUGAAUCUCCCUCUAUGCUCUCUGAAUCCCUUUUUAUAUCUAUGCGAUGCGUCGGUAGAACUGACGCUUCUGGAAACUCCUUACACCUUGUUUAUCUUUCCAGUUCACUCCCGAACUUUCCACAAAAUUCUAUUAGAAAAUAUUAAUUAUUUUUAGUCGGUAGGGGUAGUAAACAAAGGCCAAGAUCAAAGGGAAUAGGCCAAGCCCAAUACGAACGCAGCCUAAUUUGGGGUCAAACCGAGUUUACGGCACGGGGAAAGUGACGUAAACAUGACGUAAACAUGUCGUCUACAUAACAAUAAUCCUUAUAUGUUUCUUAUAUAAUUUCAGGACAGAUUAAACGAGGUUGAAUGGGAAGCAGUUAUUGUUGAUGAGGUUCACAAAAUUAAGGUGUGGUGUGCACAUUUAAUAAUGUUGGAUUAUAAUGGUAUGGUCAAGUCAUUCUAUUUUUAAAUCACCCUAAAGCUUCAGUUUUAAUUAUGUUUUAUUAACAAUCACAAACUGUUAUAAUUUUAUUGCUAAUAAAGAGACAAUAUAACUUUCCUUAAACCUGUUUAUAAUGUAAGUAAAAUAAUUUCAAAAACUGUCAAAAUUCAAAUUAAAAAAAACAACUGCUAAGACAUAAGUGAUAAAACUGCUAAAUUAAUAAUUUGUUUGAAUUCAACAUUUUGUUUUGAUUUAAGAAAUAGGCCACAAAUGCUAUUAAAAAUACAUAUUUAAUUCUUAUUACUGCUGUACCUUAACUCUUUUCAUUCCUCUACUAUAGAGCGUAAAACUAUUUACGUCUGUUAUUUUUGCUAAUAAAAUGUUGUCUUUUUUAAUUUUCUAAGUUUCUGUAGACUAUCUAUUUUAUCGUACAUUUGGAAGAAAAAUAAAAAAAAAAAAAAUUUCAAGAUUUUUAAUAAUAAUUGAUUUUUUUGUUGUUGCGAGUUUGAGGUUCAAGUGACAUGCUGAGAAGCGUUAGUCGCCAUCUUAGGGAAAUUUGUGCAAGACGCUUGUUGACUUGGCAUCUCAAAUCCUAAAUAAUGAAUACUACUGACAAAAAUGUUGAUCAAAUUUUAUCUGAAUCUUCUGGGGAAGAUAGUUGGGAACCUAAAUCUAGUGAUUCUGAUUCAGAUUUUGAUGAGAAUCUUCCUCUAUAGCCCAUUAUAAUCAUUAAAACUAGGAGGUUAGUACUUGAGUUUUUUGUCAUUCUAUAUUGUAUUUAGAAUUUAAUUUUAUUUUUAUUUUAUCCUGUCAGAUUGUGUUUUUAAUCAUAAUUGAAUUAUUUAUUAACCAUUUUUAAAUGAAUCUAUGUAAAUAAAAUCAUUUUAUAUUUUGUGAAUAUUUUAUAAUAAAAAUAAUUUUAGAAGACGUUAUUCUUAGAAACUGUUGCUAAGGAAUGUAAACAAGGCAGUCUGCACUGAUUAUUAUGAUAUAUUUCAUCCUAAAGUACAUGCAAUUUGACAUGUUUUGUAAAAGUUCAAUUAUCUGACACUAAAUUUUUUUGUUACAAUUGUUUUUUAGACAGUAUUGGAAGUAUUAAAAAUUGGAAAUUUAAGUGAAGUAUAUAUUUUGUAUUCAUUUCAUCCAUAAUAGUUGCAUAUAUGUCUAUAAUAUUAGUUCUUCUUUUACAUUCACUGGCUAAACUUGUUGUAUGAUGUUGGAGAUGAUGACCCACCAGUUCCCACUCCUAAGUUUCCCCCAGCCAGAAAGCCAAGCUGACAUUUGUGGGAAGAAAUGUCAACAUAACAUGGAUACAAUGAGCCAGUGUAUCUUCAUCCAAAAGCCAAAGGAUUUUCAAGAUAUAUUUCACACUGAAUUUGGUUGAAACAUUAGUAAAAUACACCUAUUCAACUACCAUGGGACCUUCUAAACCUUCCAUCAACUUUGACUUGUUGAUAUUUCAACACUAUAAAAACAUUACACAUUUCUAGGACCACUAAUGCGCAUGGCAACUGUACAAGUCCUUAGUGUACAAAAAUACUCAUCAACUUCAACAAUCUUUUAUAUCACUAAUAUCACCAUGAAUUUUGGGCUCAUGUCUUAUUCCCAAAGCAUUUAAUUUACUCAAAUAAGACAUCUUUAAAAGUUUCUAAUAUUGAAACAGACAAUGAGGAAAAACUGUGCAAAGUGAACUUGUCAGAUUUUAUCAGAAGAAAAGAAAUAUAAAAACCAAAGCAGAAACCAAAGAGAUAAUAUAAUUUAUGUAUUGUUCAGUGGAGAGAAAAUUAACAGCCUCACUCAUUUCAAAUAAUAUAACAGCAAAUGGAUUUUCUUUUGUGAACAGAAUCAAAACUGUUGGUGUAUUUCUAGUCAAUUAUUGGUGAGAAAACCAAAUAUUGUCUAAUCAGAUUUUGAAAUCAUACAAUUCAUUCAUGUGUGGUGUUGACCUGUUGAUAAAUGGAUAUAUCACCCUAAGUAAAGAGAACAGCACUGGAAAAAACCCUUUUUCAAUUUUGUUGAUAUUGCCAGCCAUAAUCUCUUCAGGAUUGUUCAAUAGAAAGCUAUGAUAUAGAUGAACUCAAGCUACCUGACAUUUAGCUCUCAAUUGUCUUCACCGAGGAAUUUAUUUUAGCAUAAGAUGAUUUUCUAAAAGUGUUGAUGUGCCAAGUGCCUUAAUGUAAAUAACACAAAAUACAAUAUAAUAGAUGCAAUAAUUCCUGAAUGCAUACAUUUUGAAAGACAUUCUACAGUGUGCUAUAAAAUAGGAAUGCUAAGAAAAUAAAAUCGAAAAUCAAAAGUUGUGCUUAGUAUUAUUAAAUUAUUGGUAAACUUAUCUUUGUUUAAAAAAAAAAAAAAAAAAAACUUUCUGAGUAGCGGUACUAUGAAGUUAAAAAUCUCUAUUAUUUUUUUUAAUGUAUAUAUAAUUUUUAACAGGUUAAAUAAUAAUAACCUGUAAUUUUUGUGAAUACUUUUUCGAGGUGCAGUGAAUUUUUUAUAUUUUUUAUUUCCCCUUUUUGACACAUUUGAUUAAAUAUUUUAUAUUUUGUUCAAAUGCUCAUGAAAUGUUCUAAAUCAUGCUCAUGACAUACAAAAAUGAAUUUGCUUUCUAUAUAAACAGAUUUUAUUAAAUUAUUUCAGCUGCAUCGUAUCACCAAAUUUUUUUUUACACAUUUUCAUAAACAAUUUUCAGCAUUAUUUUUUUCACAACUUCUAGUUCUAGGUGUUGACACUGAAUGACUCUGAAAAGCAACAUUUUUAGAAACCUCAUGCAUUUCCCCACAAAUAUAUAUAAAACAUCAUGAAUAUUAGACAUUGAUUCUAAAAGUUUUUGACUCUUUUGUGAGGUCACUAAAAAUCACCCAAAAAACAUACAAAAUUCAAGGAAUGUAAAGCAUUAAACAAUUAGCAUUUUCAAAUCUUAAUGUAUACAGAAAUAAAUAAUAUUUUAUAUUAGUAUUUAUUUCACAAUUGUUUCUGUGUUCUAUUGCUUUGUUUCAUCAGUGGCCUGAUGUUUUAUUAUUUCAGGGUUUAAAAGCUCAAAUAACUCAAAGUUUGCGUAGGAUUAACACACCACGUCGCUUUGGACUGACUGGUACUGCUUUACAGAACAGCUUGACAGAUCUGUUUAGUAUCUUAGACUGGUGAAUAACUUUUAUUUUAAGACAGGCAAACUUAUUUAUUAAUGAACAUAAAUGUUUAACAUCAUUGCAGUUUUACUCAAUAUGAAAAAAUAGCAUUUAUUUCAAGUUGUUUAAAUAUAUUGUUUAUUAAAUGUGUUAAACCAUGAACUGUGGUCGUCCGGAAAAAUCGGCAGACUUUCUCGUUCUGUACUGUGGCGGCCGAAAAAAUCGGCCAAUAAAAAACACGGUCCGACAGCAACUUCCAAUCCAAUAUUUAACCGAAAUUAUAGCCACUUACUUUUAUUAAUAAUUAAAUCAUCUUCAGGCUCAAAAUAAAUACUUUUUAAUAGGAGUUUUAUAUCGCUGUUUUUUAAAAGCUAAAAUGGUUGAAGCCAUGGCUGGGCCAUCAGUGCAAGAACUAAUAGAAAUAAGUUUGGUUGAAAGCUUUUUAGGAGAGGUUUUAAGUGAUACUCAUGAUGAUUUUAACAUUCCCCAUGACGAUAUCAGUUAAGAUUAUUCUUCUCGUGAAUUUUAUACUAGUCUUAGUGAUACUAAAGUAGGCCUAUUGAGGCUACUGUUAGACUUCGAGCCAGGUCCGGAGGUUGGGCAAGGACUGACUGAAUUUUAGUCACACAAGCUACAGAUUAUAGUUCAGAACUAAUAAAUUUUAUAGUUAAACAACACAAAUCAGUUCCACAGUUCCUUUUAAAAUUUUUACUAGUAAAUAAUAACUAUUUUGCCUGAGAUUUCAUAUUUUGUACUUGGUUUUAGCAGUGGUCACAGUUUCUUAUAUAAAUGACCUAAAAUUACUAAAAUUGCUUUCAAAUGUUUAAAUGCAAUCAAAACCUUUGCAAACCAUACAUUUUCUUAAAGAUAAAUGAAUUGGCUACAACAUUUAGAUUUGUGUUUUAAGUGUAUCUAUAAAAAUUAAUUAUGUUAUGAGCACUUGAUAGCAAGACAUUUUGUCAAUUUUUUUUUCUUGAGAACUUCAAGGUCAAGGACACUGAGCAAAAUUUUUUUAAGGGGUGGGCAAUAUGGUCAACACUAUCCCCAUCCAUUUACCUUUCUAAAAAUAUACUUAUAGGGGUCUUGUAUCAAUAUUUCUAUGUCAUUUAAUGCAAUUUUAAAUGGCACUCAAAACACUCUGAAAAGCUCCACAUCACAGAAUGAUGCAUGCCAGAGUUCGGGGGUUAAAUAAUUUCAAAUACCGGACUUGUAUAGCUGCAUUAUCGUCAAAGAAUAGUAUAAAAAGAAGAAAAAGAUUUAUUUAUUUUUUAAAGAUUUCUGAAAAAUUUAAAAUGUUAACUUACAGUAGAAAUAUAAAUUUUGUUUGUUGCAAUUUUAUGUUUUAAUUUUUGAGUAUAUUUUAGAAGUUUUUCUAAAAUAAUGAAAAAAAUCAUGUUAAGUUGAAAAUUUACCAUCAUCUACAAAGAUAUAUAUCUAUUUAUGAAUGUUUUAUUUGCAAACGUAUUUGUAUUUUCAGGGCUAAACCAGGUGUCUUAGGAAGUCUUAAGAAAUUUGAGAAAGAUUUUAUGGAUGUGAUUGAAAUGGGCCAAAGACAUGAUGCGACAAAAAGGGAAUUAGCUCAAGCUAGAAAACGUAAAGAAAAGAUGUUUGUUUUAGUUAUUUUAGAAACUUUGUGUAAAUGUGCAUUAAAUAACUGGAUUGCUUAACCUCUUUUUAAAAUAAACCGGAAGAAAACUCCUUUGCUAUAGAUGUAAUAAUGUUAUUCUUAUAUGUAGUAUAUAUAUAUAUAUAUUUAAAUAAAAUAUUUAAACUUCAAUUUUUUAAGUAAUAAAACAAAAUUAACUUUUCUAAGAAUUUUAAAAAUUGUUUUAAAAAAAAUUAAUUUUAAUAUUUCAAAUAAAUGAAUACAAAGAACAAAGUUUUAAAAAAUGGUGUAAUAAAUGUUGACAAUCAUUUCAUUUAAAUGAUUUUCACCUUUUAGAGAAAGACAAAUUUGCUGAAAUGCGCAAAAAAAAUUUGUUGAGGAGAACAAAAGCUUUAAUUGCUGACCAACUUCCUAAGAAAGGUAUGUAAUGAUUUCUGUUAACACUCGACCAUUUAUGUUUUUCUCUGAAUAUUUUGUAUAUUUAUAUUCAAAUUAAAAAUAAAGUUUUACAGACUGUAUGUAAUAUUUAACUUUGUUGCCCCUACUAAUUUGUUUUCAGAGGAUCUUGUUGUGUUGUGUAAGCUUACAGAUUUGCAGAUCAGUGUGUACAAAGCUAUACUCUCACACCCAGACAUGGAGCUCGUGUUACAUUCUGAGGAUCCCUGUGGCUGUGACAGUGGGAAACAAAGGAGCUCAUGUUGUUAUAAAGUAGGUCUCAAUAAAUCUUGUUUCACUUCUCAUUUUGGUCAUCUUUAUGUAAUUUAAAUAAAAACAAUAUCCCCAGAAAUGGAUAGAGAUAUUUAGAAGUGGUACCAAAAAAAAAACCACAGUAAUACAACUUUUGGUAGAUGGAUGUCUGUAAAACUAAGGACCAAAUUUCUUGAAGGUCUGCUACUCAAAACCAGCAAGCCCACCUUCCCCAACUUGUGGGAUAAAAAGGCCUACCAUGAAAGCUAACCGAAACAAAAGUGACUUGAAGUUAGUUGUAUUGGGUUAUCUUGGUAUUUAGCAUGAUAAAAUACACUGAGAUAUACUAGAAAAAACUGACUUUGAGUAAAUUAAAAAGACAAAAAUUUGGUAUAAGGAAUAGAGUAUAGGCAUGCUUUUAUUAAAAGAAAAAAUAAUAAUUUAGACAUUAUGGCUAAGGCCUUCAACAAUUAAAAUUUUUAACAAAUCCUUACAUGUAUCCAAUUAAAUUUUACAUAAUUUUUUUUAUAUAUCCUAUCAAUUUCAUAAAUAAAACUAAAGAAAGAAAAAAGGGGUGGGCAUGCUUACUCACAAAAAAUGGAGAAGAAAAGGAAGAAAAUGAAAGAUAUUACAGCCAUGUAAAAAUUUGAUUUAGGUAAAUAGCAUAUGAAGUCAACAUAUCAAAUCUUUAACCUGCCUUUAAAAUGCCCAUUCUGAUUUUAAAACUAUUACACAACAGCAUAACAGAGGGCAAAAAACACUGUUAAAUGCUGACAGAUUGAAGAAAAAAAUUAGUUUUUAUAUUCAACUUUUAUUCACACUUUUGUUUUUCUUUAUCAGUAAAUUGUUACACAUUUCAUAUAUGCUUUCAAAUCUUUGACUUUGUGAUAGGUAGCUCCUAAUGGCAUGAAAGUUCAGGCUCUGGUAUUUUCCUAUAUGCAUUUGAUGCUAAAGGCUGCCAAUCAUAUAGCACUUCUCCUUCCUGAUGACAAAAUGAGUGAGAAACAAGCCACAAUGACCAGACUUGUGUGUGAAGUUGCCUUUAAAGAACAUCCUCAGUUUGUUGAACAAACUCAGUUAGCAGCUUUCAGGACACUCUCUGACCCAAAGUAUUGUGGGAAAAUGAAAGUAUGCUUUCCAUGUAAUGUAGGACUCUUAAUACUUUGGAAAUGAAAACUAAGUUUACAAUUUGAGUUUAAUUGUUUAAUGUAACAGAAUAGAAAUAAGAAAUUCGGUUAUUUAAAACAAGAACUGCUGAGUUAGAAAUCUGAUACCAUGUCUGACGCCAACUUUUUAAUGAUAUCACUUAUGUGUUGCUUUCUAUUUAAAUUCAAAAUUUGACUUUAUUAUCAUCACACCAUCCAUACAAAUUUUCAAUAGAUUUUUUUUUGUUGCCCUCCCUAGAAAGAUAUUUUAUUUCUUUAAUAAUUUCUUUAGUUUUAUUCAAGUUAAAUUUAUUUUUUUUCUCUCCAGAUUUUAGCUGGCUUGUUGUCAGUGUUUGCAUCUAGUCAUGAUAAAGUUUUGGUCUUUUCAUAUUCAUCAAGAGUAAGCAGUUUAUUGCUAUUAAAUUCAAUAUUUCAGAUUCCUGUUCUGUAAACAGGAUUAUUAGGGAUCAGCUGCAUAAAAAAAGUGGCAUAGGAAUGGGGGCAGUCUGCCCAGGGUAUCAAUUUUAUCUUCAUAUGGAGGCGGUGACUUAUUUUGCCAACUGCAAAUUCUUGGAUAAAAUUCAAAUAGCAUAGAAUAAUGCGGCUCGCAUUGUUCUCCGCAAACGCAAAUUCGACCAUGCAAAACACUUCUGAGAGAGUUGCACUGGCUGCCGGUGCGUGCGCGCAUAGAGUACAAAAUCGCAACUUUGUGCUACCGCUGCUUACAUGACCUGGCGCCGUCCUAUCUGAAAGAGCUACUGACGCCUUAUGUACCCACUAGACGACUCCGCUCAUCCGAUAGUGGCAAACUCUCGACACCACGUGUUUGCCUUGAGACUUACGGAAAGCGCACUUUCGCAUUUGCUGGUCCAACAAUUUGGAAGGCCCUUCCUGUCGAUCUCAGAAACAACCAGACACUGGAGUCCUUUAAAACCGAUUUAAAGACAAAUCUAUUUCGCAAACACCUUCUGGGAUGAUUGUCUACCUUAUUUUCCAGUUAAUGCAUAAUGGCUGUGUUGCUUAUGGUUGAAAUGGCUAGAAAGACUUUGACAUUGUAUGCUUGUAAUUAGUUUUUGUAGUGUUGCGUUUGUUUUUAAUGUGGUAAAUUAUAGAUUUGUUUUUUGUUGACUUUGUACCGCGCUUCGAGCCUUUGGGGAUGAAGCGUGUUUUUGAAAUGAACUUUAUUAUUAUUAUUAUUAUUAUUAUUGGUGGGGGGUGGGAUUCAUUUGCUUGCCCUGGGUGGCACUAACCAAAAAUGAACAUGACAAUAGGAUACAAGGAACGUUUAAGAAUUUUUUACACAGUUUCUCCUGUCUUUAUAAAUAUAUACAUGAGAAUGUUCUAAGCUGACCAUAUAAUGCUUAAAAAUACAGAAUCAAUUAAAAUACGGAGAGAAUCUUAAAAACAUUGAUAGGAAUUUUCUAUUAUUGUAAGGAAAUCAAUUUAAUUUAAAUAUUAAAAUAAAAUAUAUAUGCUUAUAUUUUUUAUGUUUAAUUAAAAGGUCUGUUUUUUAUAAAUUUGAAUACAUUAAAAAUAAAUAUUAAAUUAUUAUAAGUAAUUUAUCCGAAUUUGAAAGUUAAGAUAUUUUUUAAUAUCAAUAAAUUAAUGACCAAGUCUUACUAUUUUUAAUUCAUAAUCACAUUUAUCCGCAAAACCCCAAUAUCUGUUGGUUAUUGCGUUGUUAAUAUUGCGAAAUUAAAUUUAAAUUAAUGUUAUCCAUAUGUCUUCAAACAAUAUAAAAUUAAAAUUUAUGAUUGAACUCCAAAACAAUAUAAAAAAUUAUAAUUUUAUAUGUAUUAAUAAGAAUGAGCCAAGGUGACCAUAUAACUAUAACACUAAAAAAUGAAACAAUUUAAAUACAUUCUUACUCUGAAAAAAAAUAAUAGGGGUUUUCUAUUAUUUUAAGGACAUCGAAUCAAUUUAUCAAUGAUAAAAAUAAAAUAUAUUUGCUUAUUUUGAAGUAUAUGUUUAAGUAUUAUUAUAAAAUUAAAUUAGAAACACAUUUAAAAUAACAAUUAAAAGACUAUUUUAAGUAUUUUAUCUGAGAUGAAAAUUAAAAAAAUUCAUUCUCUUUUAGGCAAAAGAUUAUUGUCUAAAUGUUAUUAUUAUUAAUUCGUAAUCAUAUUUAUCAGGAAAACACAAACAUUGUGGUUUUGUAGUGGUAUAGCAUUGUCAAUAUUGCAAAAUUAAAUUUACAUUUAUGCUAACCAAAUGUCUUCAAACAAUAGCAAAUUAAAAUUUUCCAUUGAAAUGAGUUAAUGACUGCGUGUGACAAAACUGAAAUUUUAAGAAUAAAUUUAAUGUAUUGCUUUUUAAAUUGUUAAUACCCAACACCAAAUUUUAACUUCUUUGUAUUUUUAACAUUCAAUUAGUUUUUCUUAUUUUUGCUUCCAAAAAUUUUACUUUUAUCAAACUUAACAACUAAAAAUACUUUUAAUAAGAAAAUGCUGUUUAAGCCAAUUAGUGCAGCGAAACUUCAUUGCUUAAAACACUCAUUCAAAUAAGAAUAAACCAUAUGAAGAGGUCUUAAAAAAGUAUCCAACGGGCCACAUGAAGAUUAUUCGAUGACCAUUUAUAAGUCAUUAAAGGUUUUAUCAUAAAAAAAUGUAACCUUAUUCACUUUAUUGGGAGGAGGGAAAGGCUUGGAAGCCUGCAAGUGAUCUGUGUGCCGUGAGUUUGAGACCCCCAGCGCUUGUGUUAAUUAAAGUUGUUAUAACAUGGGCAUUUUUUGAUGAAUUCUUGCAGCUUCUAGAUAUCAUAGAGCAGUAUGUGAUUAGCCAAGGCCAUGAGUACCGAAAAAUUGAUGGGAAAGUGAAUAGCCUGCGUCGUCGAGAUAUAGUGAUAGAGUUUAAUAAAGAUAACAACAUCUUUAUGUGUCUCAUAUCUACCAAGUAAGCUUUCUGUUGCCCAUCUUAAAGUUAUAAGGUAAUAAUUCCUUUACAAUUGUUAAAGAUAAUCAAUAUUAAGUCUAUAUUCUGGUAAAGUACUAAGGUUUCUGAAAUGGAAAAUAAUCAAAAUUACAAUUUAGAAUUGUUUUAAACUUUCAAUUAUUUAAGCUUUUUUAAAUAGUGUAUAAAAUGAAAAUAUGUUUUUAAUAGUGGACAUCCUGGCUUACAAAAACUACUACCAAUAAACAAUGUUGUCUGCAAAAUUUAAUUUUAACCUGCAGACAAAGGGUGAGUUUCUUAUUCUUAACCAAAUGUUAGUUUUCAAACAUGAUUGAAUCUGUUGUGAACUUAAUUUCUUGUUUGAUAAGAAUUAUUUAUUUGUUAUUUUUUCAUUGUUUGAACCUUCCACUACUUCCAGGGCUGGUGGCUUAGGCCUAAACAUGACAGCUGCCAACAGGGUUGUUAUAUUUGACCCUAACUGGAACCCAAGUCAUGAUAUGCAAGCUGAAGACAGGUAUAUUUGGAUCAGCAACACAUCAUCAAAAAUGUCUUGAUAGUGUUUUAAUCUACUUCUGAAGAAAAGAAAAUUUGAACAAAAUAACUUAGCCAUAGUAAUCCAUCCAUCCCUUUGGUGCUGCAGCCCAUGUAUGGCUUUGGCCUUCCUCACCACAUCCUUACACUUACACUCAGCCCUAACUGAUGCUUUUCUUUUCCAUCCUUGGAUUCCCAGCUGCUGUAGUUUUCCACAUCAUCCAUCCAUCUUAGCCUAGGUUUGCCUUUGAGCCUUUUCCCUUUGUGGUUUAGGUAAUGUACCUUCUUCACUCCUCUGUCAUUUGGCAUUCUUUAUAAGUAGCCUACCCUAAUUUAUUUGGCUUCUAGCGGGGAUCCUGAUAUGGACUGUACAAUUCCUGGCUGGUUCAUACUCUCCUUCCAUAAACACCCUUUGAUGGUCCUUAUAUUUUCUGGAUAACUUUUCUCUCCCAUGUGUUGAAUAGAUUUUCUACUGUUUUUGUUAAGAGUCCAAGUUUCACUUGCCUAUGUUACAACUGGUCUUUUCUUUGUUUUUAUUCUAAUGUUUUUACUUUUGAGUUUUUUCUGAUUACUGAAGUAUGCCCUGUUUCUAACCGAUAUUCAAUCUUUUAUUUCUGUUAGUAAUUCGUUUCAUUUGUUUAAUAAAGAUCAUAAGUAUUUGUAAUUGAAUUGAUUUACUUUUUCAAAAGUCUGGUUUCUAAUUUUAAUGGUUUCCCUAACAGUGCUAUGUCAUGUCAUCAGCAUUUGCAAGAUACUUUUGGGGCUAAUUGUAGAGAGUGCAUAUUGGUUGUGUUUCUUGGGUUUCCCUCAGAAAGUAUCCUAUCAUUGUUCCUAGGGUGUCCAUAUGUAUGUUUCUGUUAACUUUCUCCAAUUUUAUUAUAAAUAGCAUACAAGACAAGGAGUCGUCUUUCUUAGGCCUCGUCUAAUCUGAAAUUCCCUUGAAUAUUCACCCUGACCCCUUGAUUUUGCUUUUUGAAUUAUUUAAUGUUAUAUAUAUCAGUCUUGUCAGAUUUUUGGGUAUGCCAAACUCCUGCGAAGUCUCAUAUAGAUAUUUUAUCUUGAUGCUGUCAUAUAUCAUUUUAUAGUUCACAUAGAUUCAAAUCUGGGAUUGUAUAUUCGUAACAUUUCUGUAAUACUACUAAUAGGCAUCUGAUGGUGAAAAUCUGAUCAAUCAUUUUGUCUGAAUCCAUGUUGGUAGUCACCUAGUAUAUGUUCAGUGUACUGUUGUAGUCUUUUGGUAAUUAGUUGUCAACCAUCUUUUCCAGCUGGCUAUUAUCUCCUAGAUGUAUAUUGGCCUGUGUUGUUUAUGUUUGCAAGUCAUGAAAGACUUAGAAUGGGUAUUCUCAUAUGUAGUUUUUGUAAUGUUGCGUUUUGUAUUUCAAUGUGGUAUAAUAUAGAUUUUUUCAUUUCUAUUUUAAUAUGGUUGACUUUGUACAGCUCUUCGAGCCUUUGGGGAUGAAGCGUGAUUUUCAAAUAAAUUUUAUUAUUAUUAUUAGUUUAGUCAGUAUUUUGUAUGUAACAUUUUAUGUGAAAAUUCCUCUGUAGUUUGUGCAUUGAAGUUUUGAACCUUUAUUGUGUAUUGGGGUUAUUAUAGGGUGACCAAAUGUCCCCUAAAAAUGGGAUUGUCCCAUUUUUUCACGAUCGUGCCCGGUGUCCCAAAAAAGUAUAAAUAAUAAGUAUUCACUGUAAAGUUAUUAUUUUUCAUUUAUGUAGUAUUCCCUUUUUAUUUCAUCUUGUGAUGCUUCUAGUUGUACUGCUACUUUAUUUGAUAAACUUUUGUAGUUUUGGGUCUUUGAUAAGUUUUUGGUAAUUAUAUAGUUUUUCUCUUUGAUUUCAGCCAUUUUGUAUUAUGCUUAUUCUCUGCUUAUAUUUAACCCUUAUAAGUAGAUUGUCAGAGUCUGCAUGUGCUCCUCAACAUUCGAAAAUCAUGUGCAUAUCCAGGCAAGGGUCAAUUACCAUAUCCACAAUAAAAAAUGUCUUGAGUGUUUUAAUCUGUUUCGCAAGAAAGUAAGAUUUGCUUUGUGAACAAAAUAACAUUGCCAUUGUAAUAAAACUUAUAUUAUUUUUUGUUUCUUAGUAUGUCAAUUUUUCUGUUUACAAUGUUUUCAUUUUAAGGGCAUACCGCCUUGGUCAGACCAGGAAUGUUCAAGUAUUUCGUCUGGUAUCAGCAGGCACCAUUGAGGAAAAUAUCUACCUUAGGCAAAUUUACAAACAGGUGAGUCAGAUUUAUUUGCAUAUUUCAACUAAUUGGAUUAUUCCCUCAUGCCAUAAUGUAAAAGUAAGAUGAAUUAACUUUAUAGGGUUAAUACGCACAUUAUGAUAGCAAUUUAGUAAGACACUAGAAAAGUAUGCUAACAGUUAAGGGUUAUAAAUACCUACAUAAGAGAAUAUCCACAGUAGUCUUUGUGGGUUAAACAGGCAUGAUUUUAAAAAAACAUGAUACAACUCAGAAAAUAUCAGAAAAAAGUUCAGCUGCCAGAAAAUAAACUAAAAAAAUCAAUGUUUUAAUAUUUUGUUUGCAGCAGCUUGAUGAAGUUGCUGUUGGUACAGGCAAUGCUCGAAGGUACUUUUUUGGAAAACAAGGAGACAGAGAAAAUCAAGGAGAACUUUUUGGUGUUAAGAAUAUUUUUACUCUUCGCACGGGAGAAUCAAGUUUAACAUUGGAUGUUUUGAAGGUAUAAUUAAAAUAAAUAUUAAUAUUAAGGAUGAAAUGUUUAUGGGGGAUUUCUUUAAGAAUUAUUGUUUUAAAUCCAGCAUAUCAUGUAAGCAUAAAAUUAUAACAUUUUUCAUAUCAUUUGAAUAUAUCAAAACCAGUUUAUCUGAAGUAAUUAAUAAUUGUUGCCUUUAAAUUUUCCAGAAAUGAAAGAAGCUUAAAAACUAUUCUUCCAGUUGCCUUAGGAUAUUACAUUUUAAACUUAUUCUCAAUGUUCAGCUAAUUGUUGGUCCAUGGCUGUUUCAUACCUUCAUUGUUCAGCUAAUUAUUGGUCCACUGCUCCUCCAUAUCUUCAAUGUUUAACUUAUUUUUGGUCCGCUGCUCCUUCAUAGGUUCACCACUAGAAAACUAGGACUGUUAAUUUUAUAUUAAGUUUAAAUGAAAUGGUUAAAAUACCAUGAGUUCCUAAUAAAUAAUACUGGUAAAUGUUAGGUUUUUUAACUUAUCAGCUCAGUGUGAGGGGUUUGUAUAAAAAUAUGCUGAUCAUAUUUUGGGAAUAUCUACUUUUAUUUAAAAGCUAAUUCUUUCAUUGUCUGGUUGUUUUUUUUUAAAGGUUCUGUAAAAAAAACUUUGAUAUUUUAUCUUCUUAGAGAAAUGAAAAUAUUGAAAAAAGUCUUGCAGGCUAUGACAUCACAAAAUAUGUACCUCCUAUGGUUGCAAAUUCAUCUGAAGUUGAUAUUAGCAGUAGUGAUGAUGACAGGAUUCCAGAAGAGGAUGCUGAUAAUGACGAAGAAUCAUUUAUGAGGAACUUAUUUGGUGCAGGUAAAAUUUAUACACUGAAAAAUUAGUGUUUCUAAAACAAAAUAAAGCAUUAUUAACCCAUGAACUGUGGCAUGCAUCAUUCUGUGGUGUGGAGCUUUUCAGAGAGUUUUGAAUGCCAUUUGAAAUUGCAUUAAAUGACAUAGAAAUAUUGAUACAAGACCCUUAUACUUAUAAGUAUAUAUUUUUAGAAAGGUAAAUGGAUGGGGAUAAAGUUGGCCAAAUUGCCCACCCCGUUAAAAAAUUUUGCUCAGUGUCCUUAACCUUGGAGUUCUCAAGUAAAAAAAAAAUCGACAAAUUGUCCUGCUUUCAAGUGCUUAUAACAUCAUUAAUUUUUAUAGAUACACUUAAAACAUAAUUCUAAAUGUUGUAGCCAAUUCAUUUAUUUAUCUUUAAGAAUAUGUAUUGUUUGCUAAGGUUUUGAUUGGAAUUAAACCUCUGAAAGCAAUUUAGUAAUUUUAGGUCAUUUAUAUAAGAAACUGGGACCACUGCUAACACCAAGUACAAAAUACGAAAUCUCGGAUAAAAUAAUUAUUAUUGAGUAGUUAACAUUUAAAAAGAAACUGUGGAACUGAUUUGGGUUGUUUAACUAUAAAAUUUAUUAGUUCUGAUCUAUAAUCUGUAGCUUCUGUGACUAAAAUUCAGUCAGUCCUUGCCCAACCUCCGGGCCUGGCUCGAAGUCUAACAAUAGUCUCGGUAGGCCAACUUAAAUAUCACUAAGAAUAGUAUAAAAUUCACGAGAAGAAUAAUCUCAACUGAUAACGUCAUGGGGAAUGUUAAAAUCAUUAUCAGUAUCACUUAAAACCUCUCCAAAAAGCUUGCAAACAUAUUUCUAUUAGUUCUUGCACUGAAGACCCAGUCAUGGCUUCAACCAUUUUAGCUUUAAAAAAAGCAGCUGUAUAAAACUCCGAUUAAAAAGUAUUUAUUUUCAAGUUAUCACGAAACAGCUUGAACCGGAAGAUGAUUUAAUUAUUAUUAAAAGGACUUGGCUAUAAUUCUGGUUAAAUAUUGGAUUGGUAGUUGCUAUCGGACCGUGUUUUUUAUCGGCUGAUUUUUUCGGCCGCCACAGUACAGAACGAGAAAUGUCAGCCAAUUUUUUAAGCUGACCAUAGUUCGUGGGUUAACAUAUGACUUAACAUUUAGCUCUAGCUAAAAAAAAAAUAAAAAAACCAGAUGGCGGCCAUGAGUGUGUGAAACAGAAAUUAAUAAUAAUUAUAAUAAAGUUUGUUUGAAAAUCACGCUUCGUCCCCAAAGGCUCGAAGGGCAGUACAAAGUCAACCACAUUGAAAAAGAAAUGAAAAAAAAAUAUUAUACAACAUUGAAAUACAAAACGCAACAUUACAAAAACUACAUACGAGAAUACCCAUUCUAAGUCUUUCAUCUCUUGCAACCAUAAACAAGACAGGCCGAUAUACAUCUAGGAGAUAACAGCUAGCUGUAAAAGAUAGUAGACAACAUCACCCCAGCAGGUUUUUGCGAAAUGGAUGUGUUUUCAAAUCGGUUUUGAAAGACUCCAGUGUCUGGCUGUUUCUGAGAGCGACAGGAAGUGUGUUCCUAAUUGUUGGGCAAGCAAAUGCGAAAGAAAAUUGUCACCAGCGUUCUAAAACUGGACUUUAAAUAUGUUCCUAUUGUAACCAAAUCUUAAAUACUUAUUUCAAUUGAAAUUGGGAUUUCAAAAUUCAACAGCUGUAUGUGUUGGGGCAUGCAGCCAGGUGUUAGUUUUUAUACAACCGUUCAUACUGGAUUACACAUGAUAUACCUGUUCAUAAAUAGGCUCCUACACCCCCCCCCCCCCCCCCCCCAACGUAAAUGACAAAACCACCCUUUCCAAGCAAUGGACGCUAAACCCCUGCUCCAUAGAGAUAUGGAUGUAAUUGUAAUGCUCCAAAUGCCAGCUUUACACAGUAUUAGAAAGACCCACCCACAACCCCCCUGUCACCUUCCUGAUCACAAUCCUGUGUGGGGAUGUACACAUAAGCCCCGGACAUACAGCUCCACACACCCCUGUGGACUGUGCCAAGAGCCAGUCAAUUGGAACUGCAAAGGCGUGUCGUGCGACACAUGUCGAAUCUGGUUCCAUCUGCUAUGUGCCAACGAUCGAUCCGUGGACUAGGGCAAAAACGAGUCAACCCUCCUUUGCAUGGUCCACACUGCAACAACAUCAACAGCUUCACAUUCCACAAUUAGCAACUGAACUGCUCAAAAUACUCUCCUCUCUCAUCUCCCAAUCUAAACGCUGAAUCUGUAAUAACGCCCGACUCAUUUUCACAGCAAAGAACUAGAACCUCAAAAUCCCACCAUCCUAGUCAACCUCCCUACUCCACCCAAAAGGCAUCCCACAAGCUCCCAAUAACAUAAAUGACAUCCUACAACCUCCUCUUCUAUCCCUGACCAUCCCAAAAAUGCUAACCUCCGCCUUCUAAAUAUCAACUGCCAAAGCAUAGAAUCAAAGAGACAAGAGCUUGCAACCAUCAUCCAAUACACCAAACCAGACAUAAUAUGUGGAACAGAGUCAUGGCUCAGAGGCAUAAACCUGGGAAAGAACCAACCCUGGACCAAGUAAAGUCCUCAGAAGUCUUCCCGGUGGAUUACAAUGUGUAUUGUCAUGACCGUGCAACAAAAGGCGUGGGUGUCUUCAUCUUGAUUCACAGAUCCCUCACAUAAGUGAAACAACCACCCCUGGUCACAGCCUGCGAAAUAGUAUGGGCACAGGUUAAUUUAAAAAACAAGAAAGACCUCUGCAUCGGUGCCUUCUAUAUCCCAAAAAGAACCCAGUGCAACCUUGACCAGCUCCAAAAUCCAUCAACAUUCUUACAGCCAACGACAAGCACCCACGCGACAUCAUCGUCGCCGGUGACUUCAACUGCCCCGAUAUAGAAUGGACCAUGCAUACUGCUCACUCCACUGGCAAAGACAAUACCAUUCAGCAAUCACUGAUGAACUUAACCUCAUCCUCACUACUCACGCAACUGCAGAAGACACCGACACGUCAAAACAGCAUCCUAGAUCUAAUCUUUUCGUCCAACCCCACCUUUGUUAAACAAUCCAGGCAUAUCUGACCAUGACGCAGUGGUGGUUGACUUCUAGUCCAAAGCUGAAAUAACGCCCCAGAAACCCAGGAAAUCUUACAAGUUCGGUAAGGCAAACUGGGACAAGAUCAAACUAGAUCUCACCGCCGCUGAACAGGUCAUCCUAAAAAAAUAUAACAAGGGAGAGGAUGGAGAUACACUAUGGUGGACCUUCAAAAAUACCUUAUCCAACAGCAUAGAUCAAAAUGUCCCAUCAGCGACAGCAAAGAAUCCAUGCAAUCUACCAUGGCUGAACACACGGCUCAAGAAGCUGCUGAAGAGGAAGAAAAGACUAUUGAAGAAAGCCCAAACUACCAACAACUGGACCCUGUACCGCCAGUUCCAGAAACAUUGUCGUAGGGAACUAAGAAGAGGAGAGUGGCAGUACAUAAAUGGAGUCAUUCAAGAAGGCCUCGAAAACAACAACGCAAAACCCUUCUGGCGCUACAUUAAAUCCAGGAAGCAAGACAACAUUGGUGUAGCCCCCCUACUAGAAAAUGGGCAACUUGUAAGCGAUGGCCAAAACAAAGCAGAAAUUCUCCUAAGGCAGGUUCAAUCUGUCUUCACAAAAAUUUCCACCACUGUCAUACCAUCCCUAAAACGUUCACCUGGUACAGUAGGCCCCCUCAAAAUAACUGAAACAGGAGUAGCCAAACUUCUCAAAAACCUGAAGCCCAAUAAAGCACCUUGACCUGACUGUAUCCCGAACAUUGUCCUGAAGACCCUGGCUGACAACAUUGCCCCAACCAUGACCCACAUUGUCCAAAAGUUGCUUGACUCCGGCAAACUCCCGCUAGACUGGCUUGAUGCAAAUAUCAUUAGUGCCUACAAGAAAGGUGACCCUCAUAAGCCAGCAAACUACCGCCCAAAAUCCCUACCUUCGUCCCAUGCAAAAUUCUAGAACACAUCAUCUGUCACCACAACCACAUCAUGAACCACCUUGAACACUACAACAUUUUGACCAACCUAAACCACGGUUUCUGCUAUGGAUUAUCAACAAAAACUCAAUUAAUCAUCACCACCAAUUACCUCCUCACCACCUAUGACUAAGGUAUCCAGUUCGACAUGACAAUUCUCGACUUCUCCAAGGCCUUCGUCACUGUUUCACACAGCCUUCUUCUACAUAAGCUCCACCACUAUGGCAUUACCGGUAACCUUCACUCCUGGCUGUCAACAUUCCUAACACAACGGAGCACGCAAGUAGUGGUAAAUGGCGUCCGAUCAUGCAAAGCCACCAUAGAGUUCCUCAAAGCACAGUGCUGGGCCCCAUUCUCUUUCUCUGUUAUGUAAACGACCUCCCCUGAUGCUGUAAAAUCUCAAGUGAGGCUAUUUGUCUACAGAGAGAUACACAGCUACAAUGACCACAACCACCUCCAAGCUGAUUUGAUCUGCCUUAUGAAUUGGGUGGACACAUGGGGCAUGAAAUUAAACAAAAACUAAAUGCUACACAAUGAGCAUCUCAAGAAAAAAAACCAUCAACCUAUAUGUACUCACUAAACAACACAAUUUUUCAAGUAUAAAAUAAUCCAUAUCUUGGAAUUCUCUUCUUGAAUAACCUAAAAUGGUCACUCCAUAUAAACAAAAUUUCAAAAAAGCCAACUCCACACUAGGUUUCAUUCGAAGAAAUCUAGGCCACUGCCCAACCUGCAAAUGAAAUACCUAUCUUGCACUCAUCCAUCCACUACUAGAAUAUGGUGCGAUCAUCUGGGACCCAUACCUAAAGCAAGACAUGGACAAGAUGGAGCGAAUCCAAUGUAAUGCAGUGCGCUUCAAAGUGCACGUGAGACCACAGAACCACAACUCCUGGCUUCGUCAUUGGCCUCUUAAAAAGAUUUGACAUCCCCUCCCUCAAAGACAGACGAGAAAAGCUCCACCUAACAUUCCAAUAUAAAGUGGUCAUUGGGCUAGUGACGUCCAUCCCAACAAACAUGUAUCUCACCCCACAGAAGUCAGGUCGCUUAAUCGGAGCCAAACGCUCACUAAAUACUGACUUCACCUCUAACAACCCCAUAAACAAUCACAUCUGGAACACUAGUAAAUGCUUCACUGUACCUGGGUGUAAUACAGUCCAAUAUAAACAAUCAUUUUUCCCACGCACAAUCAUCACUUGGAACCACCUGGAAAAUACCGCAGUAAACUCGACAUCAAACAAGAGCAUCAAAACUGCCCUAGCUUCCGCUAGGAGCCGUCAAAAUACCAGCAUCGCAUCCCCAACCAUUGCACAUAUGCCAGUACAUGUCUCCAGCAACGUGCCCUACCAGAAAAAGAACGCUAGAGCAGUAAUUUUUUAAUUUUUUUUUUACUAGACUUAUAAUAAUCAUAUACUCCAAAGUUUCAGUACCAGUAUUUUUUAAAGUCUUAUGAUACUCUUAAAUGUCAGUACCAGUAUUUGUACAGUUUUAUGAUUUUAUUCAAAAUAACAAAUAUUAUCUGGAAAUUUCACUCCCUAUAGAUAUUGAACAAUGUAAAAUAAGCAUAAAUAAAAAGCAUGAUUUUGUCAUUUUUGUAGGUCUUUUUUUCCACUUAGUGUCUAAUGAAAUUGACUUAAGCUUUGUGAUGUAAUAAUAUUAACUUUUGAGUAAAUGAUCCAGUGUUGUACAUUAUUAAAUCACAGACAGGAGCCUCCAAACAGCAGAAAACAAGAAUUCAUACUCCCUGCAACCAACGAUAGAGGACCUUAAACAGGACUUAGUUACAGUGAUCAAUUCUAGAAGUGAUGAUAGUGAUGAGGAGUUUUCUUUGAUACCCAAGUUACAUCACUGUUCACAACAAUCAGUCAAAUCUUCCCUAGUUAAAUCACAUGAAGUAAGAAUCUCAUCUAAAGUACCAGAGGCUUGUGGUGUUACCAGAGCUAAAAAUAUAAUUGUCGAUGACCUCACUUUCACAACUUAUAAGAUGGCAGACUCUUAUUUUGGUCAGCUGCACAAAAAUAUAUAAAAAAAAUCUGAGACAUACAAAAGAGGUGCAGAGUCUGGUAUUUCUUGGCUAUUUGGUGACGAAGAGCUUGACAGCAAAGUGAGAGAUCCUAAGAAUGGAAGGACUGAAAGCAGCAGCAAAAAUAAUUCAAUCUUUGAAAACUAUGUUAACACACAAAAAAGUCAUGGGACUGCUUCUUUAUUGGAAAAUGACACAACCCAAUCAAGAUUAUUAAAAACAAUUUGCAGAGAUUAAAAAAAAUCAACACGAAAAUCAGGAACAUCCGCUUCAAAAUUUACAUCAUUACAAUCUGUUUUGAGUGAGUAUUCUUUAAGGCUGAGUAUAAGUGAUAUUAUUUUAAAUGGUCAAUAAUUGACUAAGACAUCUGAAGAUUUACUGUAUUUUAAAUAAUAGAACACAAUAUUUGUCAACCAGUUUGCUAGUGUCAGGGCUGUCUUUACAACAGCGGAGGCCCUGUGCACAAUAAUGCACUGAGGGCCCUAGCCAAUUUCUUUCAGGUAUUUUUCCACGUGGGAGUGGGAGUACUUGGGGGAGGGAGGCAGUGCAUCUAUUAGCAUGAAAAUUCAGAAUUUUGAUGCCCAGUGCCAGCUCUGACUUCGUCGCCUCUGCCAUACAUAACCAUUAAUUCAUUCUGUUAGUGAAGCCCCCUGAGGGUAUGCCUUUAUCCCAGCUUAGUUUCAUCCCUAGAAUCUUUUAGUUCAACUAUGUAUACCAAACUAAAGGAAAAGUAAAAUUCUAUCCAUUCAAAACAGUCAUUGUAUCUACUUACAUCAAGCACUUUCAUUUCCAUUAAAAUGUGUCGGCACUGUCACUUAAACGAAACUGAUGGUAAGGUUUGGAGAAAGCCCCCCCCAUUAGAAAAUUUUUGAUAAAUUCAAAAUGAUGGGAUGCCUUUUGGCACUUACAUGAAUUUAGUUUGCAUCAUUCUACCCUAGCAACCGGCUAGCUGCAGAAAGGAUGCUAUUUGAAAUUUAGGUUCCUUUAACCAUGCAUGAGCUACACAAAUUCUUUUAUUUUUAGUUGUACCUAAAUAGUUUUUCUAUGAAGCUAUUUAUUUGUUAAACUACUUCACUACUGAAUGAAUAUAAAUAGUAUUUUUUUAAAAAUCCAUUCAAAACAGUUGAUAGUUAAUUUUAAAAAAAAAAAAACGACAAACAAUCUGUUAGUAUAUUAAUAUAAUAAUUAUCAUUUUGGAUUUAAUUUAAAACUUAAGUAGAUUUUACCGAAAUUUACAGUUUAAAAAAUUAGAAAAAAAAUAGUUUUUCUAUGAAGCUAUUUAUUUGUUAAACUACUUCAAUACUAAAUGAAUAUAAAUAGUAUUUUUUUAAAAAUCCAAUCAAAACAGUUGAUAGUUAAUUUUAAAAAAAAAAAAAAACGACAAACAAUCUGUUAGUAUAUUAAUAUAAUAAUUAUCAUUUUGGAUUUAAUUUAAAACUUAAGUAGAUUUUACCGAAAUUUACAGUUUAAAAAAUUAGAAAAAUGCUGUUUUGUACAAAAGUUCUAUAGAUUUUGCAUGGUUAUUUAAAACAGGUCAUUUUAAAAAUAAAUUGUAUCUAAAUGGUUUUUUAAAAAAAUGAAGGAAAGAAAUAUUUUCAAAAUACGUCAUAAAUAUAUUAAUAUUUGAUUUAUUGGAGGGAAAAUGAGACAGCAUGAAUUUACAAAAAAAUGCAGUAACUUUAAAAAUUUAUUUGGAAUUUCAAACUAAUAUACUACAACUUUCUUCAUUUAAAUUUCGAAAUAAUGAACGUUUGGUGCCUUUUGUAAGAGUCUAUGAUAUAACCCCUCCCAACUUCCCACCAAGAAAAGGAAGUGGCUAUUCUUACCCGGGUAUCAGAAGUGAGAUGUUGGAUUAAAAAACUAUUUAAAAUAUUAUUUUUGGGUUUGUAAGACAAAAUGAGGAAUGAAAUGAAAGAUAAUUGAAUGGACUAUAUGUUUGUAAACUUACUUCUUCAGUUUAACUAAAAUAAAAUAUCGCAAAUGACAUCCGAAUAGCAUUGAGUCAAAAUGGACCCAGACACGCAACGCCGCCAUUUGAAACUUUCAAAAGCUAGUAUCAAAAAAUUGAAAUGAUAUUUCUUACGCACUGCUUUCUAUAGUAAGAAAUUAAUCUCUUAUUUUAAGUUAUUGGCUCGCUCUAAACAAUGCCUAACAAAAGGACGAUACCAUAGAGAAAUACAAUAGCAGAAAUACGACACUCAAAACAGUACUAUUACUAAUUAUAAUUAAUAAGAUUUAUUUAAUUAUUAAUACAAUUAAAAAAACAAAAGAAAUAUAAUUACAAAUCAUCAACUUACAGAUUAUGGGAAAUCUUGUUUCUGUACACAGUACAAUGAGCCAAUUAAUAAUGAUGAAUGCGAAUAAACACAUGAGUACACAAAGAAUAAUACACUUGUCUCGUGAAGUUAAAAAAAUCUAUCUGAAUCUCUCUCCCGAUGAAUCUCUGAAUCCCCUUUAAUAUCUAUACGUGGGUAGAACCAAAGCUUCUAGAAAUGUCUUCUACAUUGUUUAUCUUUCUAUUCAAUUAUCGAAGUUUCCCCAAAAUUCUAUUAAAAUAUAUUAGCUAUUUUUAGUUGAUAGUUGUGGAAAACAACGGCUAAGAUGAAAGGAAAUAGGCCACGCCCAAUACAAAUGCCGUCUAAUGUGGGGUCAACCAGAGUUCACGGCACGGGGAAAGUGUGAUGUAAUCACGUCCUUGAUAACAUGUUUAAAUAAACUGGAGAAAUCGUCUUCCUGCUUUCAUUUUGAAAGCAAAAAAAAUUGCCAAAAAUAUUUCAUUAUUUACUAAUAAUAUUGACAGCAUAAUGUGAUAUCCCCUCAAGCAUGAGGCCAGCUAGAGGCGUGAGAUCCUGGGCCACUAAGCAGUGUGUGCCCAUGCAAUAAGACGGCACUGACGUUUUCCACUAAUUUGACUACUGAACAGUGACCUAGCUAGGGUUAUUACCACCCAGGACUAACAUCUUAGUCUAACAUGGUUAUAAACACAAAUUCUUACUUUAUUUUUUUCGAUUCAUAUCUGGGAGAACGGAGAAGUAAAACUUUUUGAAUUAUUUCCCUUAAGAAGUCUCCAUCUUGUGUUUCGCAUUUAUAAUAUUAAUUUUGGAAUGUGCCGAUAAUAUCAUGGGUUAAAAUUGUGAAACAUGCUGUUCAUUGACUUUUAAAUCCAAUUAAAUUGCCAAAAUAUUUCAAUUUUCAUUAAAAAUAUGUAAAGCAUGAUGCCUCUAAAAGAAAGAGUCUCCUAGAAGCGUGAGGCCCUGGGCUAGUGCCCAGUGGGCCCAUAUCUUAAGAUAGGACUGGCUAUUGUAGUCUUGAAACUCUCAUUUUUAUCAUUAGGGAGGUCAUGAAAUAUAAAUCACAGAACUUUGUAUGUAAAAGAAAAAAAGAAUAUUUUUUAAGUGCCAUUUCAAAUUUUUAACACUAUUUAAUUUAUCCAUUUUUAAAUUUCUCUUUGGCACAGAUAUGGAAGGAGUACUUUGUACUGUGGCCAAUGAAAAAGUUGUGGGAUCAAGCCGUGCUGAGGAUCACAUGACACAUUGUGCCAUGGAAGAUGUGUUUGAGAACCACAUCAACUCACAGGCACCAGCACUGCGGUGUGAGCCAUACACACAAGUAAAGCAACAUUUUACUUUUGACAAUGUGUCUAGUGAAGGGCUGGGUUUAGUUCACUUCAUCAAUAACAAGUUUCAGAAGUGACUGCUGUAUUUUUAUCCAAAAUUGAAAAAUGUUCUUUUUUUGUGUGUUUCUUUACUAAGUCAUACAAAAGGGAGACAUCUAAAAGAAAAAUGACACUUAAAGGAAAAGGUAGAAAAAAAGUUUCCCUAUUAGACCAUAACACAAAACAAGCUGUACAAGUUGGAUGCUACAGAGUUCUUGUUGGACAGACACCAGCUGCUAUACAAAGGUAAGGUAGAAUUGAUAUAGAAUAGCUUAAAUGGUUGAUUAUUCAUGCUUACUUAUCUAAUCAUAUUAUCCAAAUAUACCAUAAUAUCCAUGUACACCAUAAUAUCCAAGUGCACCAUAAUAUCCAAGAGCACCAUAAUAUCCGAGUACACCAUAAGGGUGUCUGAAAGGAAAAAAUAGUCCUAUAUCUUAUAUUUCUUUCAUUUGUUGUUCCAUCAUUUUUAGCUUGAUUUCUUUAAAAUUUUUCACUAUGGCCUUUGAUGCAUUGGUAGAAUACUAUUUCAUUUUUAGUUAUUUCUUAUUAUUCUUAAAAGUUAUAAAUAAAUUAUAAGAAAAAAAUCUAUGCAAAAAUAUUUCUCUCACUGUAAGAAGACAAAUAUUCUUUUUGUAUUAGUUUGAUGUGUUAUAUCUGGUUUCUUAUCUAGGUUGUUUAACCCUCGAACUGUGAUCGGCCGAUUAAAAACACGGUCCGAUAGCAACUUCCAAUCCAAUAUUUAAACGGAAUUAGUUCCCCUUCCAUUUAUUAAUAAUUAAAUCUUCUUCCGGUUAAAGCUUUUUCUUGAUAACUUAAAAAUAAGUACUUUUUAAUCGUAGCUUUAUAUCCCUGUUUUUUUUUUAAAGCUAAAAUGGUGGAAGCUGUGGUCGGGCCUUCAGUACGAUAACUAAUUAUCGAUAUACAUAUUUUUGAAAGCUUUUUAGGAGAGGAUUUAAGUGAUACUGAUAAUGAUUUUAACGUUCCCCAUGACAUCUCACUUCAGAUUAUUCUUUUUGUGAAUCUGAUACUAGUCUUAGUGAUACUGAAGUAGGCCUACUGAGGCUACUGUUUGACUUCAAGCCAGGCCCAGAGGUUGGGCAAGGACUGACUGAAUUUUAGCCACAGAAGCUACAGAUAAUAGAUCAGAACUAAUAAAUUUUAUAGUUAAACAACCCAAAUCAGUUCCAAAGUUCCUUUUUAAAUGUUUACUAGUCAAUAAUAACUAUUUUGCCUAAGAUUUUGUAUUUUGUACUUGGUUUUAGCAGUGGUCCCAGUUUCUUAUAUAAAUGACCUAAAAUUACUAAAAUUAAUUUCAGAAGUUUAAUUGCAAUCAAAACCUUAGCAAACUAUACAUUUUCUGAAAGAUAAAUGAAUCGCCUACAACAUUUAGAUUUGUGUUUUAAGUGUAUCUAUAAAAAUUAAUUAUGUUAUGAGCACUUGAUAGCAAGACAUUUUGUCGAUUUUUUUUUCUUGAGAACUUCAAGGUCAAGGACACUGAGCAAAAAUUUUUUUAAGGGGUGGGCAACAUGGUCAACACUAUCCCCAUCCAUUUACCUUUCUAAAAAUAUACUUAUAGGGGUCUUGUAUCAAUAUUUCUAUGUCAUUUAAUGCAAUUUUAAAUGGCACUCAAAACACUCUGAAAAGCUCCACAUCACAGAAUGAUGCAUGCCACAGUUCGAGGGUUAAGCAUGUUAUAUGAGUGGACUUAAGCAAAUUAAUAGAGCAUAAGGUUUUAGGGCUACUUGUAAAAGUAAUUUAUCCACUUUGACUUUGGAAAAUCAAAUGAUCUGUUACAAAAACUCAUAAUAAUCAAUGAGCCAACUGUUACUAAAUGUCAAAAUAAUCAAUAAGCCAAACUCUUACAUAAAAAACAAUGCGCAAAAUAAAUGUCAUAAAUGUAACAUGAACAUUAAUUACAUGGAUGUUAUUUACUUCAAUAUUUUAAAAUCUGACUGUUGUAGUUGUGUGGCUUUGCUUCAUAUUUAUCAUUAGCAGUUUUGGUCAAAUUGUUGCAUUUUUUUAUAGCAUCAGAAAACAUUUUUAAGGUAAUAAAUGUUGCUCCUUUAUGUGUGAACAUAUUCUAAGGAAUUGUGCUCUUCACUUCAAUGUGUAAACAUCAAAAUGCAUAAUUCUCUAUAUAGCAAUUUAACAAUCAACUAACAUUUGCACAACGUAAAAUUCCCCAUUACUGCGCUAAAUGAGAUUAUUGAAAAUUUUGCAAGAGCUUUUGAUGUGUAAUAUUUUCUUAUAUUUAAUCCAGGUAAACACACAUUAAAAAUACUCAACAAUAUCCAAAACUUCAACCUUGAAAUCAUUGCUACGUUACUGCAUUUUGUUAAUAGCUGAAGAGGUGAUUUGAAGAGUCAAAAUACUUAGUUCUCUAUGUAACAAUCAACAAUCUCACUAACAGCUACCAGAUUUUUAAUAGUGCGUAAAAAAGAUCCAAAUUGUGCUAAUUAAAUGAGGUUCUUAAAAAUACCACAAAUGUAUUUGGUGCAUAGUAUUUUCUUUUGUUUUAUGAAAUAGUUGAUGUAAUAAAUCUGUUGUGUAAAAAUGUUUGGAAAAUUAUAAUAUUAAUAUAGUUCAGGGGUGGUGGCCAUGGGCGCCUGCAGAAAACUUUCUAGGGGGGGGGCAAAAAAAUUGAUUAACUUUCCAGGGGGGGGGGGGGGGGAAAAAUUUUUUUAGUAAUGUGUUAAUAUAUUUUUAAUUUACUGUAUCGUAUUUGUAUGGUGAACGAACGGACAGGACAUCAGCUUAGUUACUUUCUCUUUAUUUUCUCUUUACUUUAAUACAUUUUUUGUCUAUUUUUGUCUAAAAAAUUUUUAUCCAAUCAAUCCAGGGGGGGGCAAGUGCCCCCCUUGCCCCUACCUGCGGGCGCCCAUGGUGGUGGCAUACUAGUGUGGUGGGGAGCACUAAUUGGAAUCUUAUAUUAUAAAGAGUGUUACCUGAAUGCAUAUUUUCUCAACUAACUUUAGUAGAUAGGAAGUUCACUGAGGCAGGCAAAAAAUUCAGCCAUUGUUUGGCAGUUGGUAUUCCAAUAAAUGUUGCUUUUCAUUUCAGUGAGUAAAAAUAUUCUAAUAAAUGCUGCUUUUCAUUGUGUAAACAUAUUCUAAUACAUGCUGCUCUUCAAUGCGCAGGCAACAGUGGGCUGAACUGUGCAAGUUUAAAAGUUCAGAUGAUCUUAACUUAGCAAGAACUUUACUGCCAUUAAAAGUUGAAGGUAGGCUAGAAUUACUGAAAGAAUUUUACUCACAACAGCACCCACAGUUGAGUGAAACAGUUACAAAGAUCUGCACUAUGAAAACAGGUGGGUUUCCAAAUGCAUUAUAGAUGAAAGAAACAGAAUUAGUAAGAUUCCCUACCUUAUUCUCUAACUCUGGGGUUUUUAACCACGGUGCACUGCAAUACAUACUUUGAUUUGACAUGCUGAUAAUGAAUAUUAAUACAUUUGCAUUUAUUAGGAUCAAUAAAAGAAUAAUAUCUUAACUGUUCAAGCUAUUUUAACUUAAACUUUAUCUAAAGCUUUCAGUUGCUCAAGGGAAAUGUAUUGUCUAUUUCACUGCUUAAAUUAAGUUAAACUUAGUUAAGCUAGAAUUUUAUAUUUAAAAAAAUAUAAUUUUUUGGUCUCUUUUUUUUCUUUGUAGUUCAAUGUCAAAAUCUCAAUACAAACAGAAAAAUAUUAUUAGCCGCAAAGAAAGAGCAGCCAGCUAAUGAGGAAGACAUCUCUAGUUCUUCAAAAUAUGAUAAAUUCUUUAAGGUCAAAAGAACUUCCAAGAACUACAAGACAUCAAACUUAUCUAUGGCUUCAGACUGUCUAAAUUCAGUCAUUGGGAUACCACUAGAAAAAGAGUUUCAUGAAGUGGAUUCCCAGGUCUUCAUCCCCACUACAGCAUCUCAGUCUCAGCAGUAUAGAGAUGUUUCCAGCUCAGGCAAGUCUCACUGUAAAACAAGACAGGGAAGUAAAGUGCUAGACUCUGAAAAAGUAUAUGAACAUUUUGACUUCAUUGAUUCCAUUAAUAUUAAUAAGGAGGAAAAAUGUGGAGCCUCAUCAGAUAAUAUCCAAACACUGAGGUAUAUGGAUCCUACAUCCUGUCCAUUAAAAGAAACAGAUAAAGAUAUGUUUUCACUAAUGCAUGGAAUGGGAAAUAAAACUUCAAAUGCUUAUUCAAUGGAGACAAAAAUAAAUAAUAUAAAAAUGUCUUUAUGUUCUGAAUUUAAAAACCCUAAGAAAGUUACAGACCUGCACACUAACCAGAAAAGUUGUGAAACAAACCAAAAUACAAGUUCUAAAGAGCUAAAACUAAAACAUUCUUUGAGAAAUUAUGCUUGCAUAUUGGAUGAUAUAUUUGAAUCUUCUGAUAGGGAACCACAAUCAAAUCCAAUGGAAGGGGGAAAAUUUGAAAUUAAUGAAAAUAAAUAUGACCUUCAAUAAAUGUAUUCUUUGCAAGAAGUCAGAAUACAGAUAGUUUUGAUGGGUUUUAUCAAUCAAGCACUCUCAAAGAUGAAAAUGUAGAUUUUUUUUCCAAAGCCACAAAUUAAAAAAGGCAGAGAGCAAGACUAGAUGAUUGCACGGAUCCAACAGAAACUUCCCGAAUGCUAGCAAAACUUAUAAAAGAAAAGAUCUAGUACUGAUGAUUUUAAUCACAAGGCUGUCCCCUUAUCUCAAGAUGGCCCUGAAAGUCUGUUUUUUUAGCUUAUUAAAUGGAAUCUAAUUUAUCUGUUACAUUAUAUUAUAAAAUAAUUUUAAGAUACCAGUACAGGGUGUUUAAAUUAUAAAUACUGGUAUACAAUAUUUAAUUUGAAGUACUGCACUUGCUUCAAUUUUAUAUGCAUCUGGCUAUUAAUCAAAAAGUCUAUUUUACACAAUUUUUAAAGCACCUUAAAUUUACUUCAAAAUAUUACACCUGAAAUUAAUUACUCUUUGCCAAGAGGUGGCUUAGAUUUUUAAAAUUAAAUUUGAGGAUCAGGAUUUUUCAAAAUGUCUACCUGGCUUGCCAGUUAAGAGUACCGACGUAUUUAAUAGGAUAUCAAAUGUAACAUAUUGUUUAUAAUCAAGGAUAAAUGACAUUUGUAUUUCCAAGUAUACAAUUAUUGAAGUUACUUCUCUUGCUUUUAUUAAUAACUAUAUACAUUUUAUAAAAUUCUGAUAAUUGUCAGUUAAUUUUUUGGGUGAUGAAGAUGCCUACUUAAAAUUUAAUUUUAAACCACUUAGGAACCGAGCCGUGUGAACACAGCGGUUGCAAAACUUGCCCUACUUUUAGAUAAAGGAUGGUUUCCUUUGCACUAGCCACAAUUUUGUCUAUCCCAAUGUUUGUACCCGCUGUCAGAUGGGGCAUGUAGGUGAGACUGGGCGGCGCCUCUCGGGACAGAUAUACAAGACAGAUGUACAACAACAAAAUUCUUAGCAGCUAAAUUCUCCAUUAAAUCGUGCAAAGAGAUGCUGGCUAAAUUUUGCUUUGGGUGAGUCCUGGUUCCUCUUUACCCACCCACCCUGCCCCCAACUCCAUAUGUUUCAAGUUAGUAGUUAGUUGGAGACCCCUGCUAUAAAUAAAGAAAUGUUAUAGAAC